AUGAUGGAGCGUGAGGCUGCGAGCCCACCGAACCAGAACUCUUCUGAAGCCACGCCGGCGGAGCAUGGAGCCGCGAGCACCCCUAGCAAGAAUGCUUCUGGACCCAUCUCUUCACCUCAAGGUCUCCGCAAGCGUCCAACUCCGUCGAUCAAUCCCACACCGGUCUCACCCCGAACCGAUCAUCCAUCCGCUCCCUCUGCUCCCUCCGCUCCCUCGGCGCAAGAAGCAGCUCAAGCCCGCGCCUUCAGCCACGGGCUCGAUCAACUGACCUCUGGCGCCACCAGUCUGAACCAGCAGUAUCAUAAGGUAGCCCAAAAGCUGAAUGCGCUCGGCAUCUCGGCCGACAGCCUCCCUCGUCCUCCCAGCUUCGGAGACCGCCGCGCUCGAAACGCACCGAAGACGAAGUCUAAGCCGAAGCCAGAAGAGCAAGUCAGCGCGGCGGAGAUUCAAAAGAUCAGGGACGAGAUCGCCAAGAAGAUGGUGGCCAUUGGACUGCCUGAUAGGAGCCAGGAAGUCAGGGAUGGCUUUGAGCCCAAGGUAGUCAAGACUGUCCCAGAGAUCAAGGUCAAAGAAGCAGCAGCUGGUCCACCUCCCACCCCUCCCACUCCGCUCACUACGCUGCCUGGCCUUAUCGAUGCGUGGACGAAUCCGAACACCAAGCUCUCGACGCCGAAGACCGAUACGGAGAAGAGCACGCUGCAGACACCGAAGAGUUCCGUCAAGUCUCCCGUAGGCAAUGUUCAGAGCGGAGGCAGCUCGUUGAAGAAGUCGAGGAUUCCCACUCUCAUCAGGAAGCCAGGCAAUGCAUUUCCGACUGUGUUCGACUCGCCGACCAAGCCACUCAAUUGGAAGAAGAAGGGAAAAGAGAAGGUUGCGAUCUGGAAGGAAGAUCCUGCAAGUGUUGAGACUUCGAAAUUGGGCCCGGCGGAUUUAGAUCUCAAGACGUUCUAUGAGAAUGACCCCGCCGUUAAAGGCGCGGAUGAAGAAGAUGAAUCACGUCGAUCUCCAGGCUCGAAAGAAGACGCGACAUUCUCUCCCCGAGUCACCUAUCACGAAGCUUACGGCUCAAGGCCAGCGUUUGAUCUCAAUGAGUCCUACCGUGCUCUGACCUCAUCACCUGAAGCAACUGGUCUUGGUGUUUUCAUCCCUGGCAAGACUGCAGGCCAAGAAACUUCCAUCACCCGCUCUCCAACUACGCCCGACUUGUCGCAAGCUUCUGAAACGUCGCCCAGCCCUUUGGCAGAUCCAGUGGCCUUCCGACGCAGUCUCAGACUGUCUCCUGAUAGUAUCUACGAGGACGAGAUCGAGAACCCAUUCCGUUCUCCACCACCUCCACCUCCUCCGGUCGAUCUCAGCGAGAUCCAUCCAGCCCUGCGGCCACAGGUCCGCCAGACAUUCCUCUUCGACGCUACGCCCACCCUGUCUCGUCCAUCCUCAUCUGGAUCUUCUACAGUCGCUGAUGUCAAUCUCUAUGCUCAAGCUCGUCCCGUAUCCGCUCGCUCAGCUUCACCAGCGCUAACGGUCUACCACCGUACUCCGACUCCACCCGAAGAAGAAGAAAAGCCCGAUGAACCCACUGCGGGACUCUCAGAGACAGAAGACCCCUACAUCUCGCACUGCUUCGCGCCCUUCCCCCUCACCGGCGCCAGCCCCGCCAGCAUCGCAGCGCACAACCGCAUCCAUGCCACGUUGCUCGACAAGCUCGACUGGGCGAUCAAAUCCAGCACGACGAAGCGACGAAUGGCACUCGGCGAACCUCUCGAACAGCGCGCGCUCGCCUGCUCCGUGGCCAGAGCGGUCCUCGCAGACACGAACAAGGCCGUGAACGAGAGCAGCUUCAGCGUCAAAGACGAGGUCAAGAAGGCCGAGAAGCGGCUCGCGGAGCGGCAGUGGCGCGAUGAGUACCGCCUCAAAGCCUACACAAAGGAGGCGGAGAAGGCCGCAAAGCGCGCGCCAGGCGUAUAUGGUGCUGCCGCCGCAUCCCCCGCGCUCGCCUCGGUGGCGACGCUCAACUCCACCUUCCCGCCGCCGUCGCCCGUCCCCGCCUCCGCCGCCAGCGCCACAGGAUCCGCAAGCUUCGCAACCUACAGCACGCGCUCCGCGCGUGGGAGGCGCGGCUCCCCCUCCGCGGCGCCCUCGUCCCCCGCCUCCUCCUUCUUCAGCACGCCGAAGCUCGACUCGGCCAGCCCGCGCGCGCGGCACGGCCGGCGCUGGACUCUCGAGGCGCCGGCUGCGCUGGCGCCGGAGCUUGGCGGCGCGCAGUACGAGGCCGUGUGGGCCCUUGCGUUCCUGGAGAGGGUGGAGGGGGAGGCCGGGGCGGAGGGGGUGGAGGUUGAGAGGAGGGUGGCGGUGGAGGAGAGGGUGAGGAGGGUGAUGAGGGAGAGGGAGAUGGUGGCGAGGACGGAGGAGGCGGUGAGGAGGGCUUUGGGGUGA